AUGGGCGCAGGCACACAGCCUGCCCCUGGCGCUGGCGGCGCGCCUCCGCCCAUCUCGCCCGUGCUGGCCCUGGGCAAUUUUGGAGGCCGGGCCGCCGGCAUCGGCGUCCCAGGCCAGGACGACGCGGUCACGGCGUACUGCCGCGCCAGCAACAUCGACCAGAGGGCAGAGAUGUGCCUCCGAAGUCUGCCCGUGCACCUCGCGGCGGAGGUCCCCAUCCCUAAAAAUCCCAACCUGGAGCUGCCGAUCCAGGUCAUGCAGCAGGGCCCCAUCCUCGGCGCGAACGCCUCCGCGAUCCUGAUGGUCAACCCGGCAGAUCUGAUCACGGCCCAGCUCUCCGGCGACCCGGUGCAGCUCUUCAUCAUCCAGGGCCACGGUCGCUUCGCCCGCCCCGAGGGCGGGGUCCUCGGAGCAGGGGCCAGGCACAGCUGCCCCCCGCCUCGUUCAGGAACAGGCGAUGCCAGCAGGGAGGCCAACCGACCAUGGAUCCAGAACGGCAUCGACAUGGCGGCCGCGCGGUCCCUCCGGGCCCUGUCCCCCAACCAGCAGCACGAGGUCAUGAAUGACGGGUCGCUGCAGGGUAUGAACCCCUCGGCCCUGCUCAUGAGCCGCAUCCGCCGGGUGCAGGGGCUGCCGAGUGAGAGCAGGAAGGGGGCGCCCGCCCUCUGGAAGGACUCCUCUGACCUGCACAUGGGCGCGACGCCGCCGCCUUUGAGGGUGGCCCCAGGGAUGGACGCGACGGCCCAGGAGCUCGGCCAUGGGCGAUAUCCGACCUCCAGCGUCAUCCCCGGCUGCUACAAGGACCACCUCGGCAGCCCCACCCAGGGGAAGCUGUGGCGCCCAGACUUCGGCGUGGACCCGGGCGGCGAGAAGGCUUACCCCGAGGACCAGCCUCCGCCGAGGAGACGGCACACCGCCGAUGUGCUGCACGAGCCGGCCGACGGCGGCGACGGCGGCUGGAGAAGGCACUCGGCCAGCGCGACGGAGGCGGCGGCGCCCCAUCCCGGGCCAGCGGGCCGCCCCGCCGGGGCGGCCGCGGCGAGCCCCUGGGCCACCGCCGCGCCGGAGCGAGGCGUGUCGAUCGCCGAGCAUUUCGGAGUAUUGUUCGACCCUUUCGGGGCGCUGCGGCGCUACACGCCCAUCCCCGUAGUUGGCACAGCUCUCGCUGUAGUGGCGUUCGUUCGUUCGUUCGUUACGCCCGACCUGCGAGCAGACGUGCCGAUCGCCGAGCCCAGGGCGCCCGUGACGAUGGGCUGCUGCCAGCCGGCCGGCGGCUGCCAGAGUUGCCCGUUUUCGGAGGACGAGGAGCCAGUGUCGACGGUGCAGAGCGGCGGCGGCCGUGUUGGGUUGGGGUGGUCUGGCAGGCAGUCGGCCACGGACGCGAGUUCUGCAGUCGCUCUCCCGCUCGAGCGUUGGACCCCCUUGCCGCGGAGCUUCGUGUUCCUGGGCCUCGGCCUCGAGGGCGCCGCCCGCCUCUUCCUGGCCCUCCAAGCGCUCUACGGCCUCGCCGUGGCCACCGUGCACGCCCCCUGCUGCUGGUGCUCCGGGGUGUACCCCCCCGGUGCGGCACCGACGUGGGCCACGCCCAAGAGCGCCUACCACGACCUGCACGACCUCCAGUGGGGCCUGGCGUUCCCGAGGCGGCGGCGCUGGGACGGGUCGCUGCUGAGCAGCACGGGCGUGGACGACCGCUCGGACCCCCUGCUCGUCGCCGAGGUGAUGGUCGGCUGCUCGCUGGUGCUGUGCCCGCUGGCCAUGCAGGUGGUCCUGCUGCGCCGCUGCAGGCGCCGCGACGGGAGGCCCAGGCUCGUGGAGUACGCCUGGCUGCUGCUCACGAUGCUGCAGGUGUCGGCGAGCACGGCGCUGAACCUGGUCAAGGUGGGAACCGUGUGCUCCCCCAUGGAGGGCACGGGCUCCGACGGUGGACCCCGCGGGGCGCCGGCGCAGCUCAGCGAGGUGCCGCAGCUCUCCGGGGACUGCGGAACCCUCAGCGUGUGGCUGUUCCAGUGGACCCUCAUAGUCACGGUGCUGUCGAGCUUCGGCCUGCUGACCUGCUGGAGCUACGUCAACGUCCGGCUAGAGGAUGCCACCAGAGGGUACAGCAGACUGUCGACGUCCCCUGGUUGA